UGUCAACGCCUCCCAUUGCCUUCACAUCUGCAUUUUGCGGUUUGCAGAUGUCACUCUCGAAUUCCUUCAUUUAAAUGAAGGAAGUAGGUUGAAAACCUGUCGGAAAGCUGUGUAUUCGUGUGUUAAUUAGUUUUAGGCGUCUCAAAAGGAAGCCGAGACAAGGUUCUAACCAACAAUGCAGGCGCCAUACCCUCCUCCACCUCCAAGCGCCCCUUCAACUUCACAGUUUGUUACUCGUGUUCAGCUAAAUAUUUCUUGCAGAAAUCUGCGAGACAAAGAUGUCAUGUCUAAGUCUGACCCAAUGGCCGUGGUGAUGUCAUUUAAAGAUGGUGGCUGGUUUGAGGUUGGAAGAACAGAAAGGUUGGAUAACACAUUGAACCCUCAAUUUUCAACAGCCAUUAUUAUAGACUACUUUUUUGAGGAGCUGCAGAAGUUGAAGUUUUUCAUUUAUGACAUUGACAGUUCAUCCAUGAGUCUAAAGUCUGCUGAUUUCUUAGGGGAAAUGGAGUGCACUUUGGGUCAGCUUGUGUCAUCUGGAACUUAUACAAAACCACUAGUUCUUAAAGGUACUGCUGAGAAUCGAGCUGGGAUGAUAACGGUGGUAGCAGAAGAAGUUUCUGGUGGAAACGAUGAGGUGCAUUUCCAGUUUAGAGCUGAAAAGUUAGACAAAAAGGAUUUUCUUGGAAAGAGUGAUCCCUAUUUGGAAUUUGCAAGAUCAAAGGAAGAUGGAAGUUUUGUUGUUGUACAUAGGACAGAGGUUAUUCAGAACAAUUUAAAUCCCAAAUGGAAACCAUUUCAGAUUCCAGUGCAGCAACUGUGCAAUGGAGAUUAUGACAGGACCAUUCGAAUUUUGUGCUAUGAUUGGGAUUCUGAUGGAUCACACGACUUUAUUGGUGGAUUUACAACAAAUCUUCGUGAGAUGUGCUCUACUCAACCAUCUAGGGAGUGGCCAUGUAUUAAUGAAAAGAAACAGAAGAAAAAGCGCGGUUACAAAAAUUCUGGAGUAGUUUUUGUCAUGAAAUGUGAGGUUGUGAAAGUAUCUUCGUUCUUAGACUUCAUUCAAGGUGGCUGCCAGCUAAACUUCACAGUUGGCAUAGAUUUUACAGCUUCCAAUGGUGAACCAAACCAGUCAACAUCCCUUCAUUACAUCAACCCUUAUGCACCAAAUGAGUAUCAGCAGGCUCUGACAGCUGUAGGAGAAAUCAUCCAGGACUAUGAUAGUGAUAAACUCUUUCCAUCCUUUGGAUUUGGAGCAAGAAUUCCACCGACAUAUCAGGUUUCUCACCAGUUUCCAUUGAAUUUUAAUCCCAAUAACCCAUAUUGUGCAGGUCUUGCUGGUUUGGUACAAGCUUAUCAAGCCUGUAUACAGAGUGUACAACUUUAUGGUCCAACAAACAUCUCACCUAUCAUCAACCAUGUGGCUCACUUUGCACAUGAAGCAGCCCACUCCCAAACUGCCACUAACUACUUCAUACUACUGUUAUUGACUGAUGGUGUAAUCACAGACAUGGAUCAGACCAAGGAGGCUGUAGUGGCGGCAUCAGCACUUCCCAUGUCAAUCAUUAUUGUGGGUGUUGGAAGUGCUGACUUUGCAAUGAUGGAGGAACUAGAUAGUGAUGACCAAGUCAGGUUGAUGGCUCAUGGAAAAGCUGCUCAAAGGGAUAUUGUUCAGUUUGUCCCCUAUAGGAAAUUUAAAAAUGUUUCUCCUGCUGCCUUAGCAAAAGAAGUCUUGGCUGAGGUUCCCAAGCAACUGACAGACUACUUCAGGGCAAGAAACAUUUUACCACAACAGAGACCAAAUGUGAAUAUUCCAUAAAAGAGGAUACACAAGACAAGACUAUUGUACAAGUUACAGCUUACAGUCGGCUUUCAAUUAUGGAAAAGUUGUGUAAAAAGACUAGAAAUAUAAAGUCCAACAAGUUAAAACUAUACUUAUUUAUAUGUCAUAGUUUUUCCCAUGUGAGUUGUAGAAAGGUUAAUAUGGAAUUGAAAUUUAUCUCAGAAAUCUAGGGUUUAGAUAUUUUAAAGUUUGCCAAUAAUUAUCUUUAACCCUUUUACGUCCUUAGAUCAGUAUUCUCCAUGCUGUUCUUUAGACAUUUCCUAAGGUGCUGACAAGGAGAAUUUAUUUAACAAUGAAGGGCCUCUUUAACUGGUGAUAAUUUCCUUUAAGGAAGUGACCUUAAUUUGGUAUCCAGUGGUGAUAUUGUAAGGGAAUAGAUUUGAGUUACUUUUAAGGGGUCAAAAGGUUUAAAAGUAAGUGGAGAAGAUUUCUGAUGUGUAUAAAGUAAUCUUUCCUUCCUCAUUUAGUUGGUUGAGUAGAAGGUAGUCAUUAAAAAACUACCUCUUGGCACCUUUGUCUUCAGUGUGAGUUAUAGAUUAUCAGUGAAGAUGCUGGAUUGCAGCUAUGUGAGGAGCAUGUUUGCAAGUUUUCAUGGGUGAUCUUGACUGAUGAGUGUAUUUCUUAGCUUAUUUAAUAUGUACUUUUGAUUAGGGAAACAGACUAAGCUGAAUCAUGCAAAGGCAAAUUAUAGAUAGUUAAUCAACUGAAAUAGUGUCUAGACAAUCCUAGUCUGUACAACUGUAAGACCUUAAUAUUGUUAAUUUACUCCAAAAUAGUGGUCAGUGUAAGGGGAAAAUUCCAGACAAGUGUGCAGUAAAAAAUUUCAUUGUCAAAAAAUGUAACAUCAUCAGAAUUCUACAUGCUUUCAUCCAGAAAGUGACAAAAUGAGUUAUUCAUUUUCUGCUGUAAAGUUCCCAGCAGUGGGUCAAUCUCAACAUCACUCAGAAAUCUAGAAUGAUCCUUGUGACGUGCAGUUGAGACAUAGUUAGGCUUCUUUACAAUUAGCGAUAAAAACUACAUGUAUCAUCAAUCAUCAUCCCUUUUAUAAUUCACAGAAUACAAUAUCAAAUAUAUUAUGAUU